CAUAUAAUCUGCAGCGACGGCUCGCAGUGUAGAAAAAAAAACAGGCAGGUGAACAUUAUCGUAGUCAAAAUGGAUCCGGUUGCAGCUGCGAGAAAUUACGUGACGGAGAAGCUCGGCGUUAAUUUCGAUGGGAGAAAUUCAUCCUCGCUCGACGAUAUUAUCAGGGCAUUUUUGGACAAGGUCCCGUUCCAGAACAUUUCAACGGGUAUUUUACCCGCGGACGAUCGUUUCCCAACGGAGCAAACGGUCGUGGAAUCCGGCAGCAAUCUUAAGGGCGGCAUGAACGUCCACAACAACUGGUUCUUCAAGAUGCUGCUCGAAGCGCUGGGCUACAAAGUGCAGCUGGUUGCCGCGGCCGUGAGAAAUCCGCCCCCGGUCUCACCCGCCCCUUCGCCCCGGUCACUCGGCGGUCACUUCGCCGUUGUAGUCAGCGACUUGACGCAACCCGGUGAUCUUCAUCUGGUCGACGUGGGCUCUGGAUAUCCGGUUUUCAAGGCUGUCCCCUUGAACGAACUUCCUUACACCGCUACCGACGUCACCGUCACUUACAGAUUUAUCGAUGAGAACGGACAAUGGCACAGGGAGCACAAGGAAGAAGACGGCGCUACCUGGACCAGGUUCAUAUCCUACGACAAAACUCUGGUGAGGGAAAAUCCUCGCGAGGCGUUCCGCGAUCGCGUCAAGGAUUUCCUCAAGGAGGAUUGGCUCGUCGGAGGGAUCGUCGCCGUUCGCUACCCCCGGCGGAGCGAGAAGGCCAUACCGAAUAUUCCGGAUUUCGAUAAGGAGGCCGACUAUCUCUUGCAAUUCAACAACGACGCGUUGAUCGUCCGCAGCAGUUCGGGAUUCCUGUGGGAAAAAUCGGUGCCCGUUGAUCAGAUUCCCCAAACAUUCGGCGUCUAUUUUCCCUCCGUACCCCUGAAAGACGUUCAGCGAAAAUUGGAAAUCAUCAAAGAAGGAGCAACGAGGAUAUGAAAAUGACAAGGAGCGCGCGUCGACGAAAUCGUCGAAACUUUGCUUUGUAUUAUUCCAUCUCGCAAAGACUGUUAUGAAAUUAAAUCCAUGAAUAAUUGAUUA